AGAAUCUUCAAGUAUGAUUAUAAGUAGGUGCUUUAGGCGUGUUUGUUCACGGCGUGAUCCGCAUGGUCUAACUUUUUAAAUCCGCGAACAACAUUCGUUGGAAGAUGAUGUCAAGCUACAAAUACCUUGGAGCAUUUCAUUAGCCUAUGCUUCAUGUUGAUUUUUGAAGCUGAGAGGCCGGCGAUGAACAACGACAAGCGCAUAUCCACGCCUCCUCUUCAAGCGAUAUUGCGGAAUAGGGAACGCUGGACCAAUGUUCGACCGGAACACAUUUCUUUCAAUGCUCAAUAGCCAAAGACAAUGAGGGAGACGAAGCACCAUUCUCGUAGAGCACAAGGACGCAGAGGAACGGCAGCCGCAUCACGUAGUGGUAGUGCUCACGGCGCAUUGCAGUAGAAGGGGACCGCGAAGAUACGUAGUAGAAGAGUUCACGCACUACAAGGAUCUAAUUACGCCAGGGCAGCAAACAGCUGCAUCCUGUCACGAUUUCGAUUUAGUUGAAGCUUCAAUCGCGUCAAACAAAAGGAAUGACAAGUAAGCUGUUUCAGCGUAUGGGCAUCCGAGGAGCGCCCCAAACUCUACCUUCUUGUGAUGACGACCUGGAAAGGCAACUUUCUGCGGACCUUGCGCAGCUGAAAAAAACUGGUGGAGGUGCAUUCGCCCCUUCGGAUGGAAGCAAUUACAGCCUACACUUCAGUUUUCCGGGACACGGAGCAGCGUAUUAUGACUAAGAAGUAUGAGUCUCCGAUUUUCCUGAAUUAACUUGAAGUACGUUGUUCUAGCUACGACUGUCGUCCUCUGGAGGCAUAUGCUGGUCACCGCUUCCUCUGUAGUUUUGGCAACUACUAAUAAUACAUACAACAUUUUUGUUGCAGAAUACCAAUACUUAGCGUUACAACUACAACAAGUAGUUGUGGCAGACAGAGAUCCACUAAAUAAGCGAGUAAGUAUAUGGUAUCAAGCUAUUUACGACUGUUAGUUGAUUCUUCUUCUAACCACACCCGCCAAAUUUUGAGACGCCGCCUACGGCUUCGUCACCAUCAGAGCCUCGUGGAGGCGCCGGGUGGACGAGCGCAGGCCCUCCGUCUGCAGGAAAAAGGCACAGAAAUAUCACCAGAGACGGGGCGUCGAGCGCAUCAAAUGGCGGCUCGCUUAUGCUUCAUCAUUUCAUGCGUUGUAGUGUCAUUUGUCGAUUGUCUCUUUUGAGUAGAAUUUUGCACUUAGGGGUACAACUGGUACUAGCCAGAGGUACUACUAUGUAUACGCCUCAUCAUGUGCAAAUCAGUCUUGCUCAGGAAGUUGUAACUGUGCAAGAUUAGAUUUUCAACGGAGCAAACGAACAGGAGCGACAAGUUUUCACUACUAAGAACAACGAUGGUGAUUACAGUGUUCCCCGAGGGAAUCCAUUGGAAAAUACGGAGUAUCUGUUAGCAAAUUUGCGUCCAGCUAUACGAGAUGCUGUAGAGCAGGAAAUAGAGCAUUAUGGUGAAAGGCUACUCCCUGGUGGUGUUCAUUGUUCUAGUUUGUGCAUGAUGGUGAUGAUGUUGAUCAUUUGUCAUCGGCUGAGAGGGAUACACAUGAAUGAUUAAGAUUAUGCCACAACUUCUACGUGGAUUAUCAUUAUCAUUGUGACAUAGAAGAAAGGAAGCGCGCGACUGUCUUCAUACUUUGUUUCGGGAGCAUGAAAGGAAAUUCUACCAGGACCCAGGAAAGCGUAAGAAAAUAGCAGACGAUAUAGCUCGGUUUCUCCUAGGACCAUGGCGCAGUGUCCUUGGAGCAGACUGGACGAUCCUAGAUCGUCGCAACCCACUGACACAGCAAAACUUGCUGAACCCAAGUGGCAGCCCUGCGCUCACGUCUCCGGCCAGCGCCCCGGUUAUGACAGCGGGCGGCGCAGGAGUUCCGUCAAGUGGUCUCGAGCGCAUGUUUGGUUCCCUAGAUGAAGAAACAUUCUUUAGAAAGCUAGCACUCGGCGGAAAAAAUUCCCUCACAAAUAUGGGGAAUACGUGUUUUCUGAAUACAGGCCUGCAGUGUCUCGCGCACCUAGAACCUCUGGUCGCGUUCUUCCUCACCGGGAGGUUUAAAGCGGAACUGAAUUUUGAUGCCAAGUACGGCUCAAAAGAGGCGACAUUAGGUAUCGGCUUUGCGGAGAUGCUCCUACGCCUGUGGUCUAGUCCAAGUUUCUUUUAAGGGUAGGUUAAAGGCGUUCACAUUACCGUUUGUUUUGCCGCUCUCAAGGGAGAGAGGCAUGACAAACGAGGUAAGCAAACACCAAAAGCCUACCUCUAUCUAAUUCUUGCUUGACAAGCAAGAGGAAAAGCUCCGGAAGAGUGCCAAAGGCAGCUCUAAUGGAGUAGACGAAGGAUACGGGCCUCAUGCGUCAGCCGCGGAACUCGUGGGGUCGAAUUCACCACCGGUGAAAAGAGCGGAACAACUCGCAGCGCGAGCCGUGGGCAGUACAUCGUCCAUAAACCUCGAGCGCGACGAUUUUAGAGGAGAUAGAGAUAUGAACACUUUCUGAGUAAGUAGGCACCUAGAAAUAGAUGGGUUAUGCCAUCCGCAUGCCGAAACAACAUGCAACUAUUUAUGCAAAAAUAUUGUUGAGGUAUUAAAGAAAACACAAUCUAAUUUCAAGCAAAUAAAACAAUUCACUAUGUUGAGAACUUCACAUCUAGAUAGAUCAUACUCCCAUGUAAAUAUUUAGUAUGUUUGUUCCUUCAUAUGGCACGGACGGGCAGGAAGUGAGCCGCAUUCUCCGAUGAGCCCGGGCGACUUGAGUAGCAAAGUUCGGACGCAAACACUUUCAACCAAUGCAAAACGGACUAAUACAGAACUGACAGUAUUCAUUGCGAGAGGCAGCGUGACGAGCUACGUGGAGUAUAAGCCGCAGAGGUACAUAAACAUUUAUCUUUACUACUUGUACGGCGCAGCUGGUGAUAGUAAAAAAAAUGAUGCUUGACGUAACAUUGUUACAAGUCGUCGUGGCUGGGGAUGCUCCUGCUGUAUCCGGUUCGUUACAUAUUGUUAUUCCUGCGAAUUGAGAGUUCGUCGUCAUGCUCCUCAUGUUUGUCUAUCACGACCAUGUUCGUCUUCAUUACGAUUGUCAUGAUUAGGUAUCUUCGGAAACUAGGCGGUCACAAUAAGGAUCUCUUUGCGGAAAAGAUAGAGCUACAGCAGGAGCAAGACGUGCAGGAGUUGAUAGCGUGGCUUCUCGACGUCUUACACGAGGACUUGAAUUUAGUGAAAUCUGGUGAAAGUCCCGUCGCAUCCAUACCCAGACCAGUGAAGCGGGCAUUUCGCCAAGAAGACCUGUUAAAAAUCGAGAACGAGUUUGGUAGUGAAGCCGCGGCAGCUCUCUGCUGGGCGAGAAAUUUGACGAACUACAGAGGCAUCAUCGUCGAUACCUUUCAGGUAAUCAUAUCGAUCGUAAUCAAUAUUUCUGAAUGAUCAAUCUCUAGUAGUCUUACUGGAAGUGGAAAUACUCAGUAUUUGUCUGCAUAUGAAACUACAUUCUGUUCGUCUACUACUUCAUGUUCUCCUCACAGGGCCAGCUGCGUUCAACUGUGACGUGCUCCAGGUGCAAGACUUUUAGCCGAAGUUAUGAGCCUUUCCUUACGACGUCUCUACCUAUAAACGGCGGCAACCGGAAGUCGGGCCUAAACAUCAUGCAAGGAUCGAGCUCGUCAUCGAAGCGGGAUAAGUUAUGUAUCGAGGAGAUUAUCUUUAUCCACUCAGAAAUUAGUGAUCCUCAUGUUCUUCACCGUCGAGGAACAGAACAUGAAGCUCCCGCUGUAGGGAAGUACUUUGCUAUCCUCUCUAACGAACGAGGAGAUGCUGCUGAUGGAUGCGCUACGAGCUUUUUCAGUCGAGGAAAGCUUAGACACGCAUUGGUAUUGCCCAAACUGCAGACAGAAAGUGCCAGCGCGAAAAAAAAUCGAAUUCUGGAAGCUUCCUUUCGUUUUCGUCCUGCAUCUCUUAUGUUGCGCAUGUUAUAGUAUAACUAUAAGUGACUACUCUCUUCGUCUUCGGCUUCUUGCCUAGUAGCAAGAGAAAUAGGAUCAAGAUUGGGCGACGACGGACUGGUAGAAUUUAUUCCAACUGUCCGACUCGAUCCACCUUCCCCUAUCCUCUCUAGCCUCUGUACUCUCCGGUACUGUCUCCUCUUCCGCCUCCUCCUCCUUCAUAUUGGAAGAGAUUCGAGUACGACCAGGCUAAGAGAAAGUGGAACAAGAACUGCGUGAAGCUGAAAAGUCAAACUCCUAUCGACCUAGCAGAAAUAGAGACGUCCGCGAAUCCGAAUUACCUAUCAGUAGACGACGAAACAGGGAACAGUGGUGAUCGUUGUGUCUACCUAUGAUGAACACUAUAUUUAUUGUUGUUGGAGGUUGUUGCUUCACAAUGAUUCAAUUUCAAAUUCAAGUAAACACUACACAUUGAACUACGACAUACCGACAUUUUCAAGAACAAUCCAUCCUCAUCCUGCUCUAAAGUGAGACAUUGUGUGCAGCGCGAAUCACGUGGGGAACGACAUCGAAACAGGUCAUUACACUGCAACGUGCAGACAUCCCAUCAACAAGACAUACUACUAUUUCGACGAUGACGAAACGCAAAAAGACCGAGAGGACAGGGUGGUCUCGCAGAAUAGCUAUGUCCUCUUUCUGGUAUAACUAAAAGUACAUUCCUCGUCAAAAUUUAGGAUGUCAUCAUCGUAGCCAUAGUGCUCGUACUAGAGGCAAUAGAACUACAAGUACUUCUCGUACUAGAUAGCGGUGGCGCUUCUAGUAGUCGUGGUUGGAGUAACUAUCACCACCUGUCACUACCGCCAGUCCUUGGUGCUGGUAGUCAUUGACAACUGCAUUUUAAAUCCAAAAUACCCCCAUGUAUUGCUAUAGUCAAAUACUCCUAGUCGUGCUGGUACUGGUUCGUUUACCUCUUAUUUUUUGACUUGUAAUAUCUGUGACCGUCUUAAAUCCAGGUCCGUCGCACGAAUGGCAUCCUGCCACGACAAGAAUUGACGCAGCCACAGAACUGGCCCCACCAACUCGAUGAGGAUCUUCUGAGGUUUUUUCCAGCACUCUUUGAUCGAUUGUCCGAAAAUGCGGCUGUGGCGCAGAACCUCGAAAAGAAAAAAGCGAAUGGCAAAUCGUCAGGCUGACGGCUUCGACAUCAUAAUUAAGCAAAUCAUGUUUUCAUUAGGGUAGUACCUGCUUCCAAAAAUUUCUAUUUUCAUAGUAAUUCUAUCGACUUUCACUUCGUUUUCACUCGUUGUAUUAUCGAGAUAGCGUUGCAGCUACCAAUUUCAAUGUCUGAUGACUUUUGUACUAUUUAUUUCACUGAUGUAAUAUUGUUGGUUAAAAGCUUCAAACCCUAAAUGAUCUGUCGUGCCAACUAAAACCGUUGAACUUCAGUGUUAUUCUUCACCUCGUCUCACUUUUAGGCUUGAUGGAAAAUUCGUUCAACAUCACGAUGUUAUAUACCAGACUUGGACCACUUUCACUUCCUUGUGCGUUAAAUUGCUAUGAUCCAACAGUCACCAAUAAAUGCUGAUUCUAUAUUGAAGGCCACCAGUUGCAGAUAGGAGCCAGAUUGUUUGCCAUCUCCAUUCCUAUGUAUAAGUUUUUGUUUCAAAUUUUCUAAUCGGUUAUGCUCUGUUGUAUAUGAGUGCAUUGCUUUUUGGAGUUUAGAUUGCUUUUUUGGAGUGGAGAAUCAAUUAGAAAUGCGAGUGCAGCUACUUUAUGUUGCGUCGCUGUCUUCAGCGGUUAUGAAGAAGUAAGUUAGUCGUAGUCGAGUACAUGCAUUUUCGGGUGUAGGCAGCCGUUGCAGAAUUAUGUGUUCAUUAUCUUUUCCCAAGUGCAAGUACCUCAAAAAUGACUGAGGUAAGCAUGGCAUCACUUGUAUUUGUAAGUACCAUAAUUUCUUUGAAUACGAAAACGAAUACCAAGUACUUUUUUUGUUGAUUGUUUUCGCUAUGUGUCCAGAACGAAGGUAAUAAAAUAAUGUGGAGAUGAAUAUUUUUCCUCGACCGUUAUAUAAUAAGGGAACGGCCUUGCGUCUUUCUCAUGCUGAGAGGUAGACAAAGGUGGAAGUCCAACACAUGUAUUCACUUUUGAUCAUGGUCCAGAAUCGCAUUCAAUAUUUCAUCCUUAUUUUUUCUAAGCUUUCUCAUUCUCCUGCGGAUGCCCUCACAAAAAAAUACCGAUGAAUGUAUAGAAAUCCUUCGCGAAGGAUUUCUGUAAGGGGGAAGGAUUCGUCGACGAGGAAUGUAGUUUUCUUGUUUGCUCUGGUCAUGGCUAGUGUGUGAUAUGGAUAUAGGUUGCUGAGAAUAGAAAAUAGUAGUUGAUAAUGUAUAGAACCACCUCGAGGAGAUUACUUACAGAACAAGAAGAUAGCAGCAGACGAGCUUAUGUCCAAUUACUCGCUAUUCCUUUUCCUGUUGCUCAGUGGAUUUAGUCAAGUCAAGUACUCGUGAAGCGUCACGAUCUCUCCUUUGAGACCGAGACGCGUCGUGGAGGCUGUGCUCUUCGUCUAGACGACGGAGCUAACACGGGUCUGGUUGUCUGCAUGAACACCACUGAGUUGAUAGGCUUGAUUGGAAGAGGGAGGGAGAAAACGAAAAGCGAAGGUACUAAAACGAAGCUGCGUUUCUUUGGAAGCACGUUGUCUUCUCUGCAGUACACAAAAGACCGAGCC